AUGAAGCUUGUGAUCGCCUUCUUGGUGUUGUUCUCUCUCCUCGCCGUCUCCUCCGCCUCGGAGAAGUUCGAUUUCUUCUACCUUGUUCAACAGUGGCCGGGCUCGUUCUGCGACACGCGGCAGGGCUGCUGCUUCCCGGAUGACACGAAGCCGGCGGCGGCGUUCGGCAUCCACGGGCUGUGGCCCAACUACGCCAAGUGCCGUGGCCGCCAGGGCCUCGUCCGCGCGAUGCUCGGCGACGACGCCUUCCUCUCCACCGUGGGGCGGCGGGGCAAGUGCUGGCCGGAGUACUGCGACGACGGCAACGAGCUGAGCCCGUGGGAGAUCCGGGACCUGGUGGCGUCGCUGGACCGGAGCUGGCCGACGCUGUCGUGCAAGAACCGGCGCAGCUUCCAGUUCUGGAGCUACGAGUGGAAGAAGCACGGCACCUGCUCCAACCUGGAGCCGCACGACUACUUCGCUCGCGCGCUGGCGCUCAAGGCCAAGCACGACCUGGCGGAGAUCCUCGCGGACGCCGGGAUCGUGCCGUCGGACACCGAGACGUACCCGGUGAGCAGCGUCAGGGACGCCAUCGCGCAGGGGACCGGGUUCGUGGCCAACCUGGAGUGCAACCGCGACGCGGACGGCGAGGCGCAGCUGUUCCAGGUGUACCAGUGCGUGGACCGGGACGCCAAGGACCUCAUCGACUGCCCGCUCGCCAUGCCCACCAAGUGCACCGACCGGGUUAAGUUGCCUGUCUUCUGA